AAAAAAAUCUCCUUCAUUUGUGUGUGUGCCUGCGUGCGCGCGUUUAUGCUAAUUUGAUGGCGAAACCGGCGGCCGAUAGCCGGAGCAACCGAGCGGCGGUCCAGGCCACCAACGACGACGCCUCCGCCAGCAAGCUGUCGUGCGUCAAGAAGGGAUAUAUGAAAGAUGACUACAUCCAUUUGUUCGUUAAAAGGCCUGUGAGGAGAUCCCCUAUAAUUAAUCGUGGAUAUUUUGCUCGGUAUGCGGCACUUAAGAAACUUCUUUACGAGUUUCUUGACUGUGGGGAAAAUGUGGAUGAGAAAAGUAACAAGAAGCAAAUAUUGUCUCUUGGAGCUGGCUUCGAUACUACAUUUUUCCUACUGAAGGACGAAGGGAAAGCACCUCAUCUUUAUGUGGAAUUGGAUUUCAAAGAGGUGACGAGCAAGAAAGCUGCUCUUGUAGAGAACUCGGUUCAGUUGAGGAGCAAGGUCGGUGUAGCUGCAUCAAUAUCACAAGAGACAGGACAAGUGCUAGGAGAUCACUACAAACUCCUCCCUGUCGACCUGCGUGAUAUUAAGAAUCUUGAUGAUAUAAUUUCUUUGGCUGGCAUAGAUCCGAGUUUGCCGACUUUUAUUAUCGCAGAAUGUGUUCUUAUUUACUUAGAUCCUGAGUCAAACCGCGAUAUAGUUGGAUGGGCUUCUAGAACAUUUCCAACAGCUAUAUUUUUCUUAUAUGAACAGAUCCAUCCUGAUGAUGCUUUCGGUCAACAAAUGAUAAGAAAUCUGGAGAGUCGGGGAUGUGCACUGUUGGGCAUCUAUGCUACUCCAACUUUACAUGCGAAGGAGAGGCUUUUCCUUGAUCAAGGAUGGCAGAGAGCUGUUGCAUGGGACAUGUUGAAAGUUUAUCGAACGUUCAUUGAAGCUGAAGAAAGACGAAGGAUUGAACGGCUGGAGUUGUUUGAUGAAUUUGAAGAGUGGUACAUGAUGCAGGCAAAGCAUUAUUGUGUGACCUGUGCCAUCAACGAUGCUCUGGGCCUGUUCGAAAAUUUUGGCUUUCCUAAAGAUGAACUCGUGACAAAUUCCUCCCCACAAACUGUGGUAUGAGACUCAAUGACCAUUUCAAAGCAACAUAUAUUCUGAAACCCUCAUAAUUUAGAUGAGGCUUUUCUGACCAGUACUUUAGCUAUUCCUAUGAUACAUGUGGAUUUGUUUUUAUAUGACUCCGUGUGAAAAAAUAAUACUCUUCUUUCGCUGCUUGUCUGGAAAAGAUACUUUGGGUGCAUAAAAAUGUUUCAAUUGAUUGUCCAUAUUGCUCUCGUCAUAUUACUGUAUGAAGUUAAGUUUUUCACUCCUUCAGGCUGAACAAAAGUAACUUGAUCGUAUUAUCUCAUAUUUCACUCCAACCAUUGUAAGAAAUUCUUCCAAAUUUGUAGAUUAAAAUUCCUCCUAUGGUCGGUGUAACAAAUUGAUGUCUUUUAGUAGACUAUCCAAUCAAUAUCUGAUGAGCC